AUGCUGAAAUCUAAGCCUCAUGUUCACAAACCUCAACCGGCUGCCACUCAAAACUCAUGGGCUGACAGAGUUAGAGUCUCUGACUCUAGUACUAGAUUCACCUUAGAGCCCCUUCCCCGAAAACCAAUCGGUCACAGCCUCAAAGUCACAGAAGAAAUCCUUUUGGAAAAUUCUGACCAAUGGAACCGUUGCAUGAUAGGCUUCUUCCCAGGAUUCCGAAUGCCAUUCCAUGUUGUUAAUUCAAUUGCCUCCAGGGCGUGGCGUCAAUAUGGACUAGAGAAUGUUAUGACAACUGCUAAUGGAUUUAUGAUAUUCCGUUUCACCACUGAAGAAAAGAUGCAAGCUGUUCUUGAGAAGGGGCCAUGGAUGUUUGGAGGUAAAAAUAUCAUCCUCCAACAAUGGCACCCACGGUUUCAGUUCGAUAAAAACAAGAUUGCCACCCUUCUAGUAUGGGUUAGACUUCAUGGGUUGCCCUUCCCUUUAUGGUCCAAACAGGGACUUAGUUUGGCAGCAAGCAUGGUUGGCCGGCCACUAUCCUGUGAUGAACUUACCUACAGUUGUACUCGCCUAGAGUAUGCCAGACUGUGUGUUGAAGUUGACGCUGCUUUGCCUUUCAUCCAUAGUUUUGAGAUUGAGAGUCCCCUCUCUACUGCACCAAUUACUGUUACUGUGGAGUAUGAAUGGAAGCCUCCAAGCUGCGACAAAUGUAAGGUAUUCGGUCAUUCUUGCUCCAAACUACCACCCACUGCAUCGGACAAAGGCAAAGAUUCAGUUGUGCCUGCUCAAAUGCAACCAGCGGCCCCACACAAAGCCAUUGCUCCCAUUGCAGCAGUCAAAGACAAAGCAUCUUCAGCGAUGCCUACUCACUUGCAACCAGCUGCCCAGCAUAAAGCCAUUUCUCCUACCGAUCCUUCAACAAGUACUCAAGAUGUAUCUCAAUCACUGGCGGUGCAACCACAGCCUUCAACCAUUCCACAUGAAAAGCCGAUCAUUUCUCUACCUACACCUAUCACAGAGCCAGAAGGAGUUGCACCCUCAAGAGCUACGGAAUCCAGCUUGCAUCAAGGUUUGCCAGAAGCACAAGUUAUGCAGCCCCCUCUACUAUCAUUACAAAGUAGUAGAAGUACUAUACCUUCCCAUAAGCAAACUCAGCCGCAAGUUAGCACAACUCUACGCCAAGGACCUGUACUAGAGUUUAUACCUGAGGAGGUGGAUGGUGGUUCAGACCAAGACUUCGCAUGUGAUCCUCUUUCUGUAGAGGAAAGUCAACACCUCAUCACUGGAUUUGCUAAUUGUGUGGAGAGCAAAAUGGCAUCUAUAGAAAGUGGCAGUGAGUCCUCCACCUCUGCCACUGGCACCCUCCUCGAUAUUUCAUCUCUCCAUCAAGUAAACAUGGAGGCUGUUGUCACAAAGUUACAGCUUCCUGCUUGGAAUUUCCUUUCAAAUGUUAAUUCCUCCCCUAGCUGUCGGGUGAUGGUGGGUUGGGACCCUGCUAUUUUUCGCAUUUCUUGUCUACACAGCUCAGAUCAAUCGGUGACAUGUGAUGUAACCACACUUGCCACAAAUACUGCUUUCAGGGUUACUUUUGUAUAUGGUCUUAAUACUCCUGCUGGACGAGAAUUGCUGUGGACUUAUAUGAAACAUCAAGCACCUCUGUUUUCCUCCUCCCCCUGGAUCAUUUUGGGAGACUUCAAUGCUAUCCUCAAGUCCAGUAAUAGGAUAGGGGGUGAUACUUGCUGGUAUGGUCACCAAGAUGCGUUUGGUAACUGCAUCCAAGAUUCGGAGUUAGUUCAGAUACCUUACACAGGAAUGAAUUUUACGUGGCACAAUGGUCAGCAAGGAGUCAAUGCCAUCAUGAAGAAACUGGAUUGGAUAUUCAGUAACCAAUAUUUUCUCUCCACUUGGCCAACAGCUCACUCAAUUUUCCUUCCAAGGGAUUAUUCAGAUCACAGUUCAAUGAUCCUGGAAUUUAGCACUCCUGAGCAACGUCCCCCAUCUCCCUUCAAGUUCUUAAAUUUCUGGGCAGAUAGAAGUGAGUUUCUGGACCUUGUCAGGAAUGCUUGGCAAACUCAGAUAACAGGUAACCCUAUGUAUAGGCUUACCUCUAAACUCCAGAUUGUUAAGCACUCAUUAAGGUCAAUGCACAAAAGGGAAUCUAGUCAUAUCUCCAGCAGGGUAGCAAUGAUUAAAGCUCAAUGGCAGUCUGCCCAAUCAGAAUUAGAUGGUUCCCCUGGCUCCACAGAGUUAUUGGCUGCAGAAAGGACCCUAGCUAGAAACUACAAUCAGCUUUGCAAAGAUGAGGAGGCAUUUUAUAAGCAGAGAUCUCGAAUCCAAUGGCUUCAUCUAGGGGACAGAAACACUAAGUUCUUUCACCGAUCCUUGGUUCAAAGGACCUCCAGAAAUAGAAUCCACAUGCUAACUGAUGAGGAAGGCAACAAAGUUUAUAAACAGGAGGACCUUGGGCAGCUAGCAAUUAAGCACUUCCAAAACAUGUUCGCAGCCCCACCUUCAGCUGAAGAUAAUGUUGAUAGGUUUUAUUCAUCAACUAUCCCUCCUAGUCUGAGUGCAGGUUUGGUACAGCCAGUCUCUGCAGAAGAAAUCAAGCAAGCUUUAUUCUCCAUUUCGGACAGCAAAGCCCCUGGCCCAGAUGGUUUCACAUCAACUUUCUUCAAACGCAGUUGGGAGAUUAUAGGAACCGAUUUCACAGAAGCCAUCAAGUACUUCUUUGCUAAAAACUUCCUUCCUCGUUGUAUAAAUGCAACCAGGAUUGCAUUGGUGCUGAAAGUUGAAAACCCCUCCUGCAUGGAUGAUUUUAGGCCUAUCUCUUGCUGCAAUGUCAUUUAUAAAUGCAUUUCAAAAGUCUUGGCGGCUAGGCUGAAAACUAUUCUCCCGGACGUGAUAAACCACUCCCAAUCUGCUUUUGUUCCAGGUAGACAGAUUUCAGAUAAUAUUCUUCUCACCCAAGAAAUAAUGCACAACUAUCAUCUGGACAAUGGACCAUCCAAAUGUGCCCUUAAAGUGGAUCUCAGGAAAGCUUUUGACAUGGUUAGCUGGGAGUAUAUCCUGAAGGGUCUCAGAGCCAUAUGCAUGCCAGAGUGCAUGGUUAACUGGAUAUAUACAUGUAUAUCCACGGCUCAUUUCUCUGUUGGCCUAAAUGGUGAGUCCUACGGAUUCUUCAAGUCCAGUAGAGGCAUAAGGCAGGGGGACCCACUAUCUCCUUAUUUAUUUGUUCUCGCCAUAGAAGGUCUAGGGGGUAUUCUUAAAGAGGCUUCUCUGGCCCCGGGGUUCCAGUUUCACUGGAGGUGCAAGCCGAACAGAAUCACCCAUCUGUGUUUUGCAGACGACCUCAUGAUAUUCUGCCGUGCAGACUUGAUCUCAGUUCAAUGUGUUCGAAAUGCUUUGGACUCAUUCUCAAAUAUCUCUGGUUUAACCAUCAACCAUGCUAAAAGUCUUGUGUUUCUUUCGGGGGUCAAGCAGGAUAUUAAGGCUGCAAUUACAAACUGUUUUGGAUUCAAGCCAGGGACUCUCCCAGUGAAAUAUCUUGGCGUUCCAUUGAUUAGCUCCAGGUUAACUCAUCAACACUGCAUGCCAUUAUUAGAAAGGAUCAUCACCAGAAUUAAACUUUGGACAACAGCCUCCCUUUCCUAUGCUGGUCGGCUUCAACUUAUUAAAUCCACACUGUUCUCUAUUCAAGUUUAUUGGUCAAGUAUGUUCAUGCUUCCCUGUUCAAUUAUAAGGAAAAUUGAGAGCACCUUAGCAGCCUUUCUCUGGAAGGGUACAUCUCUUACAUCUUUAGGAGCAAAAGUGGCGUGGGAUUCGUUAUGCUAUCCUCUCAAGGAGGGGGGCUUGGGGAUUAAGAAGAUCAAAAUUUGGAACAAGGCUGCCAUCUUAAAACACAUCUGGAGACUGCUUACAGAAAAAACAUCGGUUUGGGUUUCUUGGGUGCACUCAGUCCUGCUAAGAGGGCGCUGUUUCUGGUUCUAUAAUGCCCCAUCAAAUGCUUCUUGGUCUUGGCGGAAGAUCCUCCUUAGCAGAAGUUGGUGCAGAGGUCUAUUUUCUCCAAAGAUAGGAAAUGGUUUGCAAACUUUUCUUUGGCUAGAUUACUGGUUGCCAAAUGGGAAACGAAUUUGUGACAUUUUUCCAUUCCGUCAGUUAUCCAGAACUGGUUUAAUAAGUGAUGCAAAGGUUUCCUUUAUAAUCUCAGAAGGUAGAUGGUCAUUUCCAGUUGGUCACCCGGAACUUCAGCUAAUCUGGAACUCUAUCCAGUUCUUCCCUCAGCCUCAUCAACCAGACAUUUGCAACUGGAAGGGACUUCAAUCAGGCAAGUUUUCAAUCGAUUCUGCAUGGGAAUUACUAAGAGAUAAAAGACCUAUCAACUCCAUCUUCCACCUCAUCUGGUUUCCAGAUCAUAUCCCUCGGCAUGCUUUUAUUCUCUGGAUCGCAUCAAUGGGGCGUCUGCAUACAAAGGAUAGGCUACUCUCUUUCCAGGUCAUCUCGUCUGCCACAUGUUCAUUAUGUGGAUUGCAUGAUGAAACGCAUGAUCACCUAUUCUUCGAAUGCAGCUACUCCGCCAUGGUGUGGAACACUCUCAGUGAAAAAAGUCUCAUAAACUGGCCAAGUAUGUCCUGGCAUGGUUUACUUCUUUGGGCUGCAACAAGUUUGAGGGACAACAAGGUGUUCUCACAUCUCCUAGCAAGGCAAAUCUUAUCCUCAACUGUCUACUUUGUAUGGUAUGAGAGAAACAACAGAAUUUUCAACCAAGCUUCCAAGACUCCGCAGGUUCUUAGUGGGGAAAUCAUUGAAACCAUCCGAUCAGUCUUGAUGGAGAAGGAUCAAAGAAAAAUCCCAAACAACCUCAAAAGCAUCUGGGGACUUCAAGAAGCCGAAGACAUGCAACCUGAUAUGAUGCGGCCCCUAUACUAA